UAAUCCCAUUUCCUUAUCCGGGGCUCGUCCUGGAGGCGCGCCAUUGGCCGGCCGCUGUCACGUGGCUUCUUAACUUUGUUCACUUGACAGAAAAGUAGGAGGGUUCAACGGAACAGGAAUAACCGAAGAGUAAAGGGAUGAGAUAUAAAUUUUAGUUAUAUAUUUACCGAGUAGGUGCAAUUCCACAAAAAGACUGAAAUUAAUGGCCAUGAGCUCCUAUUUGAUCAACUCCAACUAUGUGGACCCGAAGUUCCCUCCGUGCGAGGAGUACUCUCAGAGCGACUAUCUGCCCAGUCACUCCCCGGACUAUUACAGCUCGCAGAGACAGGAGGCAGCCGCCUUCCAGUCGGACUCUCUCUACCACCACCACCCCCCACACCACCAGAACCAGCACCAGCACCAGCCCCGGGCCGAGCCGCCCUACACGCCGUGCCAGCGCGCCGCCUCGGUGCUGAUGUCCCCCCGGGGUCACGUUGUCGGGCUGCCGUCCACCCCGGUCCCGGAGCCGAGCCACCGCUGCGAGUCGGUGACACCGAGCCCGCCUCCACCUCCGUCCUGCGGCCAGACGCAGCAGCACAGCCAAGGCGCCUCUCCCCCCGCCAGCACCCGCAAGGACCCGGUGGUCUACCCGUGGAUGAAGAAAGUCCAUGUAAACAUCGUGAGCUCCAACUACUCGGGCGGGGAGCCGAAGCGCUCCCGGACGGCCUACACCCGCCAGCAGGUUCUGGAGCUGGAGAAGGAGUUCCACUAUAACCGGUACCUGACACGCAGGCGCAGGGUGGAGAUCGCGCACACGCUCUGUCUGUCGGAACGCCAGAUCAAGAUCUGGUUCCAGAACCGGAGGAUGAAAUGGAAGAAGGACCACAAGCUGCCCAACACCAAGGUCCGCUCCGGAACGAACAGCAGCGGCUGCGGAACAAACUCCCAGGCCGGACCGCUAUAGCCCGGCUCUGCGCCUCGUGGCUCCCUCUUCUGUUUCUUGUUCCAAAAUAACCCAAACUGAAUGAAAAGGGGGAAACCGCUUGUGAAACCACAGGAAGCUGCACUUUCGGACCUGGAUAACGCCUUCAUAUCAUCAACACGAGGCGCUGACGCCGCUGAGGUUACAGACUCGUCAUGACGCGCGGGGGAGCGGAGGGGAAGAUUAACCAUUCAUAAAAUAUGAACUUAACAAAAGUAGGAGUGUGAAGGAGAAGACACCCCCACCCCACCCCCUCACUGACAGAGCAAGCUGAAGAUAAUGCUCCCACCUGUGUGGUUUCUUCCUUCUCUUUUUCUAUCCAAUACAAUACUUUUUUCUUUUUUUUUGGUGGUGGGGGGGGGGGGGGGGGGGGGGGUGAAGAUGGAUCCUAGUUUUCAUCUUUAAUCAUGCCAAACUCGGGCCCCAUUUGUCAUGUUUACUCUGCGGGUUCAAAGCAAAGGGGUGAACCGCGGCUCUGCCCAUUACCCCGCACCCUUCCCACUCGCAUCUUGCUCUUUUUCUCUUGCGUAAUAAAUGGAAUUCUAGUUUUGUCAAGAGAAGUAUUGCACCACUCUCCUGCGCUCCUAUCUCUCCUGCUCGUAUUUAUAAUCCUCUUACAGCAAAGAAAUGUAUCCUCCGGAAUAAUCCAAAGUGACACCACGGUACUCUCCUGUCGCUCUCACAGUCAAAGCUCUCCGUUCUCUUCAUUGCAAAUUUUCAAGCUUUAUUAUUGAGAAACAAACAGCCACAGUGUUGAGUUGUAGUUCUGUUUGAAAUCAGUGUUGAUGGUGAAACGGCGCUGGUGUCGCUGAGAGCGCAGCGCAGCGCAGCGUUUCGUUGUUGGUUUUGUGAUUUUGUUUACGGGAACAUGAGUCUAUCAGUGAACAUUUCCCUCCACUCCCCUCGCAGGGUUAUAAAGCUGCCUAAACACUCAUGAAUCGCACCAAAUCCUGGUACAGUAACCCGAGAACACCUUCUAAACACCGCACUAUACAAUGUACUACCUAUUACCUCAGUUGUACCUAUAUAUAAAUAUAUAUUCUUUAAUUUUUUUGGUCAUAUUAUUUUGUCGUUUUGCUCGUUUAAUGAAGCUUUUGAGCUGUUAUAUUUUUGGAAUUGUGUGACAAGUUAUAAUUAUUAUUAUUAUUAUUACAUGCGAUACAAAAUUCAUUUCCUGUACGUAUUUCUAAAUGUAAUUUAACUGUUCUAGAAAGAGACAAGCAGAUAAAAGGAGCGUCGUGUUGCUUGAACCAUGUGGAUUUGUGUUUCUUGGUGUCUUUCUUUGUGUCCCCUCACUCCGCACAUUAAAUGCGCGCACACUUCUUUUGUCCUUCCUUCUUCCUUUUCCGCCUCCCCAACUCCGCUGUGCCUCUUUCUUUUUAGAUAUUUUAUUUUCCAAGUGUUUUGUUAAAUUGACGGUAUUUUAUGUACAUUCCAAAGAUUGCUUUGUUAGUGCUGAUGAUGAAUGUGUGUGUGAAAGUCGCUCCUUGGUGUCUACCUUACAAUUAUUUGUAAAUAGUUCAUAGAAAUUUAAAUAAAUGGCUAAAAAUGU